AUGGACAGUAGGGCCGGGCAGGGGGCACCUCCAAGCAACCCCUGGGCAGGAGGAAUGCCAAGCAGCAGGGAGUCUGCCCAAGAGGGCACUGGGGCAUCCCAGCCCGACGGCACCCGCGUUCCCGUGGAGAUCGUGCUCUUGGAGAAGGUGGGCUCUGGCUGCCACAACAUCAUCCAGCUCCUCGACUGGUUUGAGCUGCCUGACAGCUGCCUGCUGGUGAUGGAACGUCCGCAGCCAUCUCAGGAUCUCCUGCACUUCCUGCUGGAGCAGGGCUUCCUGUGUGAGGAGAUGGCACGCUGGCUUUUCUGCCAGGUGCUGGGGGCCGUGCGGCACUGCACUGCCUGCGGCGUCCUGCACCGAGACAUCAAGCCGGAGAACCUCCUGGUGGACCUGGAGAGCGGCGAGCUGAAGCUCAUUGACUUCGGUUGCGGCACCUUUCUCCAGGAGCAGGUCUUCACGCAAUUUGCCGGUGAGCCCACAGCCCGGGCCCUGCUCCCACUUAGCAGGCCCACAAGGGCUUGGGCUGCUCUGCUGGCCUUCUUUGCCUUGCAGAAUGGUUUCUUGGCUUUGGCCAGUUGCCUGGGGGAUGUGGGCUGGCCUCGGGGAGAAGUUGUGUCCACCGCUGCAGCUCCUGCCUCUGCCAGGAGGCGGGCACCAGGCGCUGAAAGCCAGCAGCCUGCAUCUGGACAGGGCCAGCCAUCUCCCCUAGGAACACACGCGUACAGCCCACCCGAGUGGAUCUGCCUUGGCGUCUACCAUGGCCAUUCAGCGACCAUCUGGUCCCUGGGCGUGCUGCUGUAUGUCAUGGUGUGUGGCAACCUCCCCUUCCAGGAGGACUGUGACAUCAGGUUGGGGCAGCCCUUCUUCAGGCAGCAGAUCUCUCCAGAGUGCCAACAUCUGAUCCGCUGCUGUUUGUCCAAGCACCCCGCGGACAGGCCAGAGCUGGAGGAGAUCUUGCGCCACCCUUGGGUGCGGGGCCGGCGUUUCUGAUGCCUUGCUGGAGCCUCUGCAGCACCCACUUCCUGAAUCCCAUGCAGGACUGAGGACCCAAAAAAUAAAACCAUAAACCAUAAGCAUAUUCUAG